CAUCUACCGCCAUCACUGCCGCCAGCUCUGCUCCUCUCUCUCUCUCUUUCUCUCUCUCUCUCUACUCUAACGGUUUCCUUUUCCAUUUCCUACGGUUACUAUUCAUCUCUUUACCCGUCCGUAGUUACUCUUUUAGCUCACUCUCUUGAUUUUGGCUUUCUUCAAACUGAAACGACUUUGAAGGAGGAAGAGGCUGCCUGUGUCUCCUUGUGGUUUUGAGUUCUGGUAGCUAGAGGGAGACAGACAUGGAUUUCGCGUCGUUUUUGACCUCACUUUCAACCUCCUUUAUCAUUUUCGUCGUUUUGAUGCUCCUCUUCGCUUGGCUCUCGGCGAAACCAGGCAACAAUGUCGUUUACUACCCGAAUCGGAUCCUCAAGGGGAUGGACCCGUUCGAAGGCAGCUCCAAGACCCGGAACCCUUUCGCUUGGAUCAAAGAGGCCUUGUCGUCUUCGGAGAAGAACGUUGUCACCAUGUCUGGGGUCGAUACUGCUGUUUAUUUUGUCUUCCUCAGCACCGUGUUGGGUAUACUAGUUUUGUCUGGCCUUAUACUGCUGCCUGUUCUGCUGCCUGUUGCUGCUACUGAUAACGGAGUUAAGCUGAAUGCACAUGCAACCACAAGCAAUGGCACUUUCAAUCAGCUUGACAAGUUAUCAAUGGGAAAUAUCACAUCAAAGAGUCCAAGAUUGUGGGCAUUUUUCAUUGCCACCUAUUGGGUGUCACUUGUGACGAUAUAUCUGUUAUGGAAGGCAUAUAAACAUGUGUCGUGGCUGCGAGCUGAAGCACUCAAAUCUCCUGAAGUGAAGUCCCAACAGUUUGCUAUAGUUGUUAGGGACAUACCCCUUGCUCCUCAGGGUCAGACCAGGAAGGAACAGGUUGACUCGUACUUCAAAGCCAUCUAUCCUGACACAUUUUACAGAUCCAUGAUUAUCACAGACAACAAACAGGUGAACAAGAUAUGGGAAGAGUUAGAAGGGUAUAAGAAGAAGCUUGAACGUGCUGAAGCAAUAUAUGCAGCAUCAAAAACAGCAGCCAAACCAGAAGGAACAAGACCUACUAACAGAACUGGUUUUCUUGGUCUUUUUGGUGAGAAAGUAGACAGCAUAGGCUACUACAAUGAGAAAAUCAGUGAAACCAUUCCUAAGCUAGAAUCUGAGCAAAAAGUCACGCUCAGAGAAAAGCAGCUAAAUGCUGCUGUUGUUUUCUUCACCAACAGAGUGGCUGCAUCUUCUGCAGCUCAGAGUUUACACGCACAAAUGGUUGACACGUGGACGGUUUUUGAUUCGCCUGAACCAUGCCAACUUAUAUGGACUAAUUUGAAACUCAGGUAUUUUGAAAGAGAAGUGAGGCAGUAUGUUGUGUAUGUUAUUGUGGCAUUGACUAUAUUCUUCUACAUGAUUCCAAUUACAUUCAUUUCUGCAAUUACAACUCUGGAGAAUCUGGUGAAGUUACUGCCAUUUUUGAAGCCAGUUGUGAAGAUAGAAAUUCUCAAGACAGUUUUGGAAGCAUACCUUCCUCAGAUUGCUCUGAUAGUAUUCAUGGCUUUGCUUCCCAAGUUUCUGUAUUUUCUUUCAAAAUUGGAAGGCAUUCCAACUGAAAGUCAUGCAGUUAGGGCAGCUUCAGGGAAAUACUUUUACUUCUCAGUGCUGAACGUUUUCCUUGGAGUUACCAUCAGUGGAACCUUGUUCAGAACAUUCAAGACCAUUGAGAAGAACCCCAACAAAAUUGUGGAAUUUCUUGCUAGUAAUCUUCCUGACAAUGCUACAUUCUUUUUGACCUUUGUGGCUCUCAAGUUUUUCGUUGGCUAUGGAAUGGAACUGUCACGUAUAGUUCCCUUGAUAAUUUACCAUCUAAAGAGAAAGUUUCUGUGUAAAACUGAAGCAGAGUUGAAAGCAGCAUGGUUUCCUGGAGAUCUUGGCUAUGGAACCAGAGUUCCUGCCGAUAUGCUGAUCGUGACAAUCGUUCUGUGUUACUCUGUUAUUUCGCCUCUGAUCAUCCCUUUUGGCGUUAUGUAUUUUGGUCUUGGAUGGCUUAUACUGCGAAAUCAGGCACUGAAAGUGUAUGUUCCAGCAUAUGAAAGCUACGGAAGAAUGUGGCCUCACAUUCAUAACCGUAUACUAGCCUCUUUGAUACUAUACCAACUUACCAUGUUGGGCUACUUUGGAAUCCAGAAAUUCUACUAUACAGGAUUGUUAAUCCCUCUUCCAUUACUGUCUUUACUCUUUGGCUUUGUCUGUGCCAAGAAAUUUUACCCGGCUUUUCAGAAGCCGGCGCUCGAGGUCGCGGCCCAUCAUCUCAAAGAAGUUCCCAACAUGGAACUCAUUUUCAGAUCGUUUGUUCCUCCAUGCUUGAGCUCCGACAAGGCGGACGAUGACCAGUUCGAAGAUGCUGUGUCUCAGGUCUCCAGGAGCACGUCGUUUGCUUGAUGUAAUUAUCCAGUUUACUCGUUCAUUGUUGUGUUGUGUAUAGAACUUUGUUUGAUAUGUUUUAUUAGGGACGAUGGCUAGGUGUUGCGAAAUCGGUUGUAUCUCACGAGAUCAGACCACUUUUAUUUCAGUUGUUUGUCAGUCUUGUAAAUUGCGAAUGGACAAUUAGAAUGAACUUUUACUGCAUUUUGUAUGAUUCAUCUUUCAUCAUCUGUAAUGGAUGGAGAGGGCAUUCUUGUAUGUUCUCAAUUCUCUUAGUUAAUAUGGUUUUGUUUUAUUUA